CGGCGAGCCAACAUGGCGCUGCCUGAUCGGCAGAUAUCGAAACCGAUCGGAAAGUUAAGCGUUCUUCAUGCAACAUUCGUGCUCUCGCCGAUGCACCGAUAUCGCUGCGUAGUUGCCGGCGGCGAUCGCGUCGUGUCCGAAGCUCUCCGCGCCUUCCACUGAGCGUCGAGGAGGCUUUCGGCGAUACGUGGGGGCAAUGACGUCACCAUGGAAGAGCUCGACGAAAACACCAGCGGUAGCAGCAGUGGUGACAGCGAUGAGCCGACGACGAACGACGACGCUAAUCCACGUGUCGCUCCGCGGGAGCAGCGCUCCGAUUCUGAAACCUCUGAAACACUCGUCGACGAGGAUAACCUCGACGGACACCGCAGGAGGACGAUGACGUCGUACGCACGAGAGUUGUUCUUCCUCACGCUCCUGCUCCUGGCGAGCUGGGCGGCGUUGCACGAAACGGCCAAGAAGACGCGACCGGCGUCGCCUCCGCGACGCUUCUUUUCAAAACACUCGCCCGUAAAUGACUCCUACAGGGGUCAGCUGGACCCGGAGCGAGUGCACAAGUACGACGUGUCCCUCGUCCUCUACUACGCGCCGUGGGACGCCGCCAGCAUGCGGGCGCGCGACGCCUUCGAGUACCUGGCGUACCGGUACCGGGACCAGUUCGCCUUCGGCGCCGUCAACUGCUGGUGGCCCAACGGCCGCUGCCGAAAGCGCCACUCCCCCUCGCUCUACCCCAUCGUCGUGGCGCACGUCCGAGACUUCGGGGACGUCGUCUUCCCCAUGAACGUGACGCCCACCAUGCGGACACUCGACGGCUUCCUCCAACACGUCUCGACGCCGCUGGUACGCGUGACGAGUGCCGUCGACCUCGCGGCGCUGCUUCGACGCCACACGGCCGUGGUCCUAGGGAUCGUGGGCGACCCCAGGGGCGGCGCGUACGAGAGCUUCUACGGGUUCGCGCUGCAGGCGCUCACUCGAGACCCCUGGCGGGACGUCGCGUUCGCCGUGGCCGUGGACGGCCGUGCCGCCCUGGAGAUCGGCGUCGAGCACGCUGUGACGCUGUUCACCUGGAACGCGUCGUUGGGUUACAGUGAGAAAGGUACGGACUACAAGACUGCGCUUGAUUGGACGUUCAACAAAGCUCGUGAGGCUCGAACACUUCACUGGGUGUCUCCCUCUGGCCUGAAAAGCAGGAGUCUUUCGAAGCUCGUUGAGAACCAGUCAACGCUUGUCCUUUAUGCGGAGCAUGGCAGCCCGGAAUACUUUCAGAUGCAUCAGCUGUCCCAGGACUACAAGGCGUGUGACCUGAAAGGUCGCUUCUCGGGCCUCAGCUGCCGGACUAACAGCACUGUCAAUUUUGUUGCCCUGGAUGGGAGGCACUCAGAGUUUGCGCCACCUGGUCUCCUCUCUGAUGGCAUCCCUACCGCUGUCAUUUACGCUACGAAGGAUGAAGCCCAGUAUGUUAUUCGUGGACCAGUGACCGCGCCCACUCUAAAGAAGCUCGUUGUUGACUUUGCUGAUCGGGUCCUGGACCGCCACUUAAACUCGGUUGGACCAGAUUCGAUCGCACUUGGUAGCAGUGACGGCCUUGUCGCCGAACUCAGCAGCAAGGGCUUCCGGAAGCUCAUGUUGGACGCUACACGGGAUGCAGUCGUACUGUUUUAUGCGUCUUGGUGCGGCUUCUGCAAGGCCAUCUAUCACCACUUCUUUGCUACGGCAAGGUUCUUCAGGGGUUUCAAAGGCCUCAUCUUUGCUAGGGUCGAUGCAUUCAAGAAUGACCUGCCCUGGGAGUUCACUGUACAACAGUAUCCCACCAUCAUUUUCUUUUCACGGAAAAAAGCGGACAGCGUCCAGUAUUCGGGCUACAUCACCACUACGCGACUUGUACGCUUUGUGUUACGACACCUUCGCCACGAUGUGGCGAGGCAGCUGGUGAAGACGCUGUGUGAUUCGCGAAUCUGCCUUCUGCGAAGCCUACGCAAGCUGCAGGCAUGGCGGCUGCGCUGCUCAUGGCUGAACCUUCCGCCGUCGAGGCUGGCCGAAACACACCGCAGGGAAAAGACGUUACGCAAGAUGUUGCUGACCCGGCUGCGACGGAGAGGGCACUCAUGAUGUUUGUGGUUGGCAUAGAGUGUUCUUUAAAAUGUUGUAUAAAAUUUGCUGUGGACACGAACAGCAGUGGUGCAGCAGCUUCCAUUCUUUCAAGCAACAGAUUUUUCGAGUCUUCAGUGCGCGCAGCGUGGACUACUUUGUCGAAUGUCGGUGCGUGUGGGUGCGUGCUGUGUGACUUUUCAAAGAGACGGGGCUCACCGACUGCAUCCUGCCUGAAGAAACAUUCAUCGUCGACGAUGUUCUAUAUGACGCACACAUCCAUUGUGGCAUUGCAAAGUGCUUGCCAUAUCUAAGUACAUUACAACGAGAUUACUGUGACGAGACUCCCUGUAAUGAAAAUGUCAAUGCUGCAAUUCUGUCAGCGUCGCACGCACAUAACUUUCUCAGCCCGUAUGCGAUGAGGGCCGUCUUCAGCACGACCAUUUUUGGGAAUUUGAACGUCACAAAUGUAGUGUCCCGUUUUCAAAAUGAUUGCUCUGAUAGCUGGGCCACUGUGGUUUACAUAACCCACUUGAAAAGAUGGUGCUGCAAAUGUUUUUUUACUAUGAUGCCCAGAUGUAGAUAGCAUUAAUUGAAUACGGCCACUGCUUCUUCCACAAUACUACGGCGGUGGCAAUGAUGUGAAGGGCCUUAGUGUGCUGCUUGACCAGUAGAACUUCCUUUAUUAAAUUGCAGAAAGCUCUAAAAAAUGUCAUGGGAUAGUGCCAAGCACCGAAAUGAUGUUUCUGUCACAGAUUGUGUUUCUGUAGUGGGUCACUGCAGCAUUUCCUGGCCGUGAAGCCAUUGUGCAAUCAUCAGCUGUCUAGCUUUGAAACAUCCUGGUGAGAUUCAAAUGAAAUGCUUUAUUGCACUUUCAUUUCUUUUUGUCAGUAGUUACGCUUGUUUAUUGUCACUUAGAAUGAUUGACUGGAGUUCGCUCUGUCAGCAUCUGUAUGCCUAAACGGUCUUUAGUCUUUAGGAUGAAGGGUGUUAGAUCUUGACGACUAAUUUAAUGUUGUGAUUUGUUAUGGUGUUGGAUUUCUUGGUUUAGCAGGGAGAAAGCUACUAGGCACGUUGUGGACAUGCCUUGUUAUACGUUCUACGGUGAUUGAAGAAACGGUGGAUUUCUUAAAUGCUUGUUACUCUGAGUCAACGUUGGGUGUGAGAUAAGCUUAUUUUUUAUUUUGAGGCGGAAAUUAUGCGAUUGUCUUGCAAUGCCUAUUUAUGGAGUCAUAUUGUCUUUUAAAUGGAUAAAUCCAGGCCAUAUUUUCUUACACAGGAAAACAUGAGAAAGUGUCUUAACAGCUUAGGAACGAUAGAGGUAGGGAUGUGCAUUAAAUGCCUGUUAUUUUCCCUUUGGCUCCUGCUUUUGAGUUUAAAGCUUUUACUCUGAGUUAUUACUGCAAACAGAGUGUUAUACAAAUAUUGUGAAUUCGAAGCGUUGGAACUUUGAACUGCUUGCAAUGCAUUCUGCAACCAACCAUUUUGAAUGACUGCUGUAAUCUAUUCCAUAAUAAUUUCCUAUAUACCUUUUCUACAUUAUAUAAUGACUGCGUAGUAAACAGAGUAUAUGUCAGCUGGUGAAUCCAUGUUGAGAAUUAUUGAAAAUUGGUCAGGAAAGACACUUAUGCUUGAGAAAUCUCAAAUGACUCACAUUUACUGGCUCUCAUUGGCAGUAAUAUGUAUCUGUGCAGUUUGUUUUCAAAUGUAUUACUGUUCAGUAUGUGAUCAGCGACUGAGCCCUGCAUGAAGUAUGUCAUGCCUGAUCACUUUAUUUUGCUGUUUUCAGUUCAUGUUAGCAAGAUUAUAAUUUUUUAUGGUAAUGUUUUCUUUUUUCUGAGACUAGGCUGCUAGCGAUUACAGGAAGAAAUGAAAACGUAUUUCGAAUUUUUUUUCAACUGUCUCAAAACUCUCUUUCAACUAUGUUAUCUUGUAAACUAGCUCUACAUUGUCUGGCGCUAAGAUAAAAAUAAGUUUAUAAGGGGUGAAACCUCUUUGCUCCAUGAUAGUUGCAUAAACAGAACAGUUCUAGUAGACAUAAACAUACUCCUCUAAUCAGCUUUAAACAAAUUUUGUAUUUAUGAAGCUGUCACUGUCAACAGAAGCGACAGCUGCCUCCCAUCUACUUUUUAGCAUGGCCGAUUAUGUCAAGAAAAAUCUUGCCUUUUAUGAUUACAGCCAGAUAUAAUGGGAUACAAGGAGUUGUUUUGAAGGUAAAUUUCUGUUGGCUGAUUUCCACAACACAUAUUGCUAAGGUUUAGAGUACUUCUGGGAGUGUUCUGAUGUUGUCCAGUUUUAUGUGGGUAUGAUUUAGUACCUCAUAGCUAGUUCUUAUAAUAGGACACUGUUUUGGCAGUGUCCUUUCAUUUAGGGUUAUAUUCCAUUUCCUAAUAGUCCUAAAAUGGCUUGUUGCCAUAGCUACACUACUAGUAAAGAUAUCACUAGUGAUAGUUCAGCAUGCCUUAUACUGGUUUGAGAUGCCAAAUUAUUCGCCAGAUUAGUCAAAGCUUUUCAAAAUGCAAGGAAUGUGUUUAUUAACACUGCUUUUCUGGUGCUAUGCAGAGAGUUUGCAAUGCCUGCUGGAACAAAAUUGUACCACAGUGCUAGAAAUUAAGUUAUGAAGAAAAUUCUCAUGCGAAAGUAUUAAGCCAUAUAAUUGAUGGUGGUACCUACAGGGUGCCAUGUUGUAAUGGAAUUUUAAGCUUUUCGAACUGUCCUGGAAAAAAGUAAUAAAUGAGAUGCUCCUACUGGUCAAUGGAUCUGUGGACCAUGAAUGUCGAAUAGGCCGCAUGCCAUCAUGAUGGUCUCCAAAUUUUCAAAAGUAAAGCUUUCUCAUGCUCACUGUGCUGCAAUGUUCGUAAGACUUUAUAGAUUCUGCCAGAUUUAUGUUUCUAAAGAGUGAUUUGCGUUGCAUUUUGGUCUGCUAUUGGUGCGGGCAAGUAGAGCUCAACUGCCAGAGCUUGAGGCACUCGUAAGUGCCCUGUUUGCUUGUCUUCUACCUUGAUGCUUGUGAAGCAUUGCGCAUACACACACAUGAACCAAUCAGGUACAUGUACAGUCUUGAGCAAUAGCAAUGGGCCCCUGUGAGAGCAUUGCUGGACUGCACUGAACUGCAUCACUGUGCCAACCACUUCCUAUCCAAUUGAGCUCAUACCGUGCUGAGACCCAGGCAGUCUGCAUGUGCAUCCUAUAUUACUCGCCAGCAUGACUGUUUGCUCGGUCUGAUAUGCUGCGCUACUCCUUGGUGAAUUCUGUAUAAGCCACCACUGCCUGCCAUGCAUGGCUUGGCAGGAUCUUGCAGUAGGGGCACCCUAUGGGGUCCCGCUAUCUUCCAGCACAGCAUAGGACUGUUAAGAAAAAAACAUGCAGGUAGUGCGAGCUGUCUCGAAACUGGCGCAGCGGUAGUGUGAAGCUUAGGAUGAAGCCAGGAUCAUGCCAAACCAAUAUAGGGCAGAGAUACGCACUAUGUGAGCCUCACAGAUGAGCUCAACGGCGUGGAAGUAGGUGGCGUUGCGAUACGGUUCAGCAUAGUCCAGCCAUGUGCUAACAGGGGUCAGUUACUUUUGCUCACGACAGUACUUGAAGACAGGAAGUCUUCGUGAACAUAAGAUACAUGAACACACGAGGACACAAUGAAAAUUUACGUGCCAAACUGUGGUCAGUAAUUCAGCAUUUAUUGCUGCAAUUUUUUUUAGGAAGCCUUCUGUAGAAGAGUAUAGUGAUGACUAAUGGCAUCUGGGAACAAAUUUGCCAUGAGAUACGUUACAUUUUAUAUUACCAUGACAUUCUUGUUUAUCAGUAUACCUACCUCGAGACGUUUUCAAGUUUUUUGUGAUGAUGCUAACCCAAAGGCUUCCUUCUAUUUGCAUGUUCCUUAUCUUUUUCUUGGUAUGGUUUUGUAUGAUUGCUUAGUUAUGAUUUUCUAAGUUUUCGAGUGUUUGACCGUUAUUAUUGAAUGUAAAAAAAUCCGGGGUGGUCAAGUCAGGGCAAGUUGGAAUGGUAUUCACGGCUGCUUUAUCAUGUUUACUGAUUUUUCACUGCCACUAUGAAGCAUUAGCUCUCACAAUGUACUAGUUCAUAGUUCACAUGCAUCUGUAAUAGUGUCCGGCCCUAGGGAUACGGUAUAUGAGGCUAGGAAUUGCAUACGGUCCAACAGUUCUUUUUGUUUUAUUAUCUCUAUAUCUUGAAAGAGUCUAUUACUCCCUUCAUUCGUAUUAUAAGCACUGGUUCAGGCUUUUGGUCAUUCAUGUAGACAUAGACUGCAAGACCCUGUUUGGUGAUAUGUUUUGUCUUACGUGGUAUUAAAAUUAAAGUGCUGGUAUGUAUUGAUGCCACAUAAGUUAAUUUUGUCUUCAGACUUCGUCCUGCUGAAUAGUGUCUGCAGUGGCUGUUGCUAAUGUUGUUGCAAGUGGCAUCUUUGUACAUUGUGCAUGAAAUUUUGUGCCUUACUUUGGGACAAACUCUAUUACUUUCUCUGUACAGUCUGCCUAGAUUUGCUAGGGUGGUGAGUAAAUGGCAGCGUUUCGUCAAACUUUGUGCCAGCCACUUUGGUAAUGGUUCAAUAUGUCAUCUAGCAUAUGAUUAUUAUUCUUGCAUCAGUGAAAAUGCAGUGGUGCUGUUCUAAAGUUACUCCUGUACUUUCAACGACUUUUCUGGGGAGUGUGUCGGGCUGCUCAAUACAAAUAACUUAAAUAAAUUGCUCGCAUCUCGUCAAUCUUUCA